UCUGAGGAAUGCCAGCCGAUACGGUCGUGAGUUGGCGACGACUUCGCGGGGGAAUGUAUGGUUCUUUCCGGACUUGGCAUUGCCCGAAAAUCUAAGGGGGAAAACUCGUAGUCAGCAGGCCCGUAUCUCUCACCGCCUGACAGAGAUCGACGACCUGAGAAUUUUUCCCGCUCGAACACGGCACAUCCUUGCCAAGAGGACGACUUUGUAACCUCGCCCCUCAUUGGUCCUCGCGCUGCAGGUCACGUGAACGAUAGCUCACCAUGGACAUUGACGAGUUGACGCGCCGGCGAGAGGAACGGCGCAAGCGCAGAGAGGAGGAGAGACUUGCGGCGCAGGCCUCGAUGGCAGACGAGGAAGACGCCUUGGAGGCGGCCCGGCGGGAGAGGAGGGAACGGCGCAGGCGCGAGAGAGAGCUGGAGGAGAAGGGAGGAUCACGGGAGCUGGAGGUCGCCCCGAGAAGUACCCGCAGAUCUCGCGAUAUUUUGAGCUCCAAGGAUUCGAGCCUGGACACCGAGUCGUCGUCGUCUUCGCCGCGAAAGUCACGUGAUUCGCCCGGACCGGGAGAAAAUGGGGAAACCGAUUACCUUUCGCGCAGGCGCAGAUCGCGGGAAUUGCUGGAGGAGAGUUCCUCUCGAGAGGUCACGAGGAGGUCACGUGAUACAGACGAUUACAGUUCUUCAUCCUCGCGUCGCAGAAGGUCAACCGACGAGGAGGCGCCCACCGGUCGCCGCAGGUCACGUGAUCUAGGGUCGAAAGAUUCCGAAGAACCCUCCUCCUACCGCCGAAGAUCUCGCGAGAUUUUGGAUUCCCAAGACGCCGAUGACGCGCCGUCCUACCGCAGGCGGUCACGUGAGCUUCUGGACAAUGACGAGGAACCCUCGAACAACCGCAGAUCUCGCGAGAUUUCCAACGACGACGAGCCCUCUUACCGCAGGAGAUCUCGCGACGACGACAAAAAGGCACCAGAAGAAUCGACGUUCCGUCGGCGCCGCUCCAGAGAGCUUCUUGACACCAAAGAAAAAGAAGAGCCGGCUCCGGUUGAAGAAGAGACCCCCCGCAGAGGUAGAAAGUUCCCCGGAAGAGAGGACCGCAAACCAGAGGUCAAACCAGAACCCGAACCGGAGCCUGAACCGGAACCAGAGCCCGAACCGGAACCGGAAGUGGAACCCGAACCUGAGCCCGAACCGGAACCGGAACCACCUGCUAUGGAAGAAGAGGAAGAGGAAGAAGAAGAGGAGGAUCACGGGAAGGUAAAUGGAGUGCUGGAUCAUCCGACGGAGAACGGCGUGGACGGCCGGCAUGAGGGAGAGGGGGAAGAAGCAGAGGAGGAAGAAGAAGUAGUCCGGAAGGAGAAACCGCAGUGGGCAUCCAUGCAGUUGAAGAAAACCAAGAAGUCCGUAUCGGAGGAGAUGAAUGAAGAGGAGACUUCACAGCCGAAGACCGCCCCUUCCUGGUCAACCAACCAGCUCAAGUCGGUCAGAAAAACUAUUAUAGACACGGAGCAGCCGGCGUCAGAAGGGGGCAAACCUGCGUGGGCCCAGGUCAAGCUGAGAGAGGUUAAGGAAAGCCGCCCCGACCCUAUCACAGAGAUUAACCAGAAACGGGAGGACAAGAGUAGCGGGUAUGAGGCUGAACGCGUGGCAGAAGAAAUCCGUAAGAGGCGCGAGGAAGAGGAGGCAGAGCGCAUGCAGGAUUUCCGCAAACAGCGGGAGAAGGAGGAGCAGGAACUACAGGAGCUGAAGGAGAGAAGGGAUAAGAGGAGGAAGGAAAGGGAGGAACGCGAAGCGAAGAUGGCUGAAGAGAGAGCAAAGAAAGCAGCUAUAGAAGAGGAGGAGCGCAAGAAACGCCAGGAGGAGGGUGAGCGCCGUCGCCAGGCCGAGGCGGAGCGCCGCAAGCAGAGACUGAACGAGAGCGAGACGCCAGCAUGGAUCAAUAUGAAACUUAAGACGGUGGAGGGCGGCAUCGACAAGAAGGACCCUCGGCAGAAGGAGCUCCGAGAAGCCGAGAAACGCCGAGUGUUGGCCGAGCGCAGGAUCAAACUGGAACUGGACGAUCUGGACGCGGAGGAACUGCGUGAAAAGGCGGCGGAGUUACACGAUCACCUGACCGAUGUCGUCACCGCCAAGUUCGACCUGGACAGCAAGAUACAGAGGCAGGAGUAUGACAUAAAUGAACUUAGUCAGCGACUGAGGGAAAUGAUGGGGAAAGGGAACAAACAAGCAAUAAGUGUGGAGGGAGUGGAUAGAAAGUUUGAGCAAUGGAACAAGAUGGGGGAUUCCAAGGUGCAGAAGCUGACGGGAAGGAAGGAGAUCGUGGUGACCGGAGUGUCAGACAGACGGAAGAUGUGGGAACACAUCAACGACAGAAAGGAGGAGGACGAAGAACCUCCCAAACUUAUCUCACCCAAAAAGAGCGAGAUCAGCAGUGACGAACUGGCGAACAGGAAGAAUUUGUUCGAGCAAGCUGCGGCCACCUAGACUUUGUUUAUCAACUAUAAUAUUUACAAUAAUU